AUGUCAGGAACAACUCCGAGAACUACACGACCAUCUUCAGAAAAUUUAAAGAAAACACGUAAAACGCAAGCUUUCUCAACGGAGAACGAACUUGUAGGCGCCCGAGGAGGCACGAAACCGCGAAUUGCACCCUCCGUGAUAGAUCAUGGAUUUCACACAGAUAAAUACAAAACUUACUAUAGUGCUUGGACGCCGGUUUUAAAUAGUGCAUCAAACAGUAAGGUAAAGUAGCUUGGCCAAGUGUUAAAGAGUAAUUGAAAUUUUACGGUUGUUUAGUUAAUGGUGUGUUUAAACAACCAAUUUGAGUUCCACUGUUAUGGAAAUUACACAGUGUGAGUUUGAAAGCAUACUUGUGAUGAUUACAAGUUUAACAUUGUUUCCUUCACUCGGUUUGUUUUAGAUUUUCGUAGAGCGCUUGGAUUUGAUCGGACACUGGGUAAGGAAGGAAUAGAAUUAAAAUUUUAUGACGAAAUGUUUAGACGAAACAAAAAUGUUACAUUGUUAAAGUGUUUCGUUUAUUUCAAUCAGUAACCACUUGGAACUUCGAGCCAUGUCUUAUUUAUGAAACUUACUGUCUGUAAUUAUUUGCGGUUGAAGAGUCUCAGUUUGAAGCAGUUUUUCAGGAGUAAUGUGGGUUUACUGAAAAAUUAAACCCAAAGCUAAAAAUGUUUAGAUUUUACUCAAAUUUGCAGUCUUUUCGCUACAUCAUUGGCCCGGGGUGGUGUCGGGGGGGGGGGGGGAGGGGUGGGGAUGAGGGAUGAGGUUUACUUUGGGAAACUUAUAGAAAGGCGGCUUUCUUUUAAACCAAUAUGAUGUGAUUCAACUUAUUUUGUGUCAUGUGACACAAAGGGAUGACUACUUACAUAUGUACAUGAUUACAGAAAAAGAAGUAACUGAAAAUUUUGUGUUUUGGUUAGACAUCAAGAGUCAUUUAAAUGCCUUUUACUCUGUGAAAUAACUGUUAUAAAAUUAACAGAUUGGUACUCAAUGGUUUUGAUAAAUCUUCCUGAACUUUAGGGUUGUCAUUCUUGGUGUUCAUGCAAUAGUCCCUACCUUUGAUGUGUAAGAAGCCUGAACAACUACUGCAUAGGAGACUGGUGAUUUCUACCCCAUCGAGUUAUGCUUAUCAAGGGAGGGAUGAGACUUAUCUUAUCACUUAGGUGGUGGCUUAAUGUAAAGAGGGUGCAUUAAUAAGGGCAGGGUGCUGUAAGACCCCACCUCUUGGCUAAGUGCCCUCCCCCCCUGUUCCCUCUUCCUUCUGCUUAGUGAGUUGGUGGAUGUGCUGAUGGCCUAGGUUCUAGGCCUACAAGCAUUAGGGUUGUCCUAAUCAAUGACCAUUCACCUCUCUUUUCUCAAGUCCACUUUAGUUCAUAUUCUUAGGGAAUAACUUUAUUAGCCCCAGGCCUCCAUUCUGUGCCCAGCUAAAUGUUGACUGACAUUUGGUUGUCAUAUGAUCACUUGGUUUGUCAAGUAAAUUGUUCUAGUUGUUUCUUUAUCCUCUCACCUCCCUCCCUGGAGACCUUUUCUUGAUUCCUCAGGGACUCCUCGUUUCAUCAGUAAAAUGUCCAAUCAGAUUCUGUCUUAUAUGUUGUGCAAGAGGAGAGUGGCUGGGAAUAAUUAUUAGAAUUUAAUAUGGUGUUCUAUCAAAUUAAUUUAUCUUAAAUUCUCAUUACCUAAAGUAUGUGAUUGGGACUUUUAUUACGAUUCUUCAUGAAAAAAAUAUUGCAUAGUCACCAUAUAACAUUUGCCAUGCAUGAGAGUUGAAAAGUUCAGUGCCACGGAGAUUUUACCACAGAUUCUCAUAUUUUUCUUUAUGAUGUGUCAGUGUCUGAUUUCAAAACAAUCAUGAUGAGAUCCACUUAAUGCCAAUUUUUUUUUUUUUCACAGUUUUCUAUGUGGACAGAUGCACAACGGAAGAAAUUUCUUACAUUUAUUCUAAAGAGAUGCACCAAGUCACAGUUAAGAUUUGUGAAUGAAGGAUGGUUCAAAAAACAACUUCCAAUUCUCCAUUUAGACUUCACAACUGUUUUGCCACAGUUCAUAUCCACAUAUAUUUUUUCAUUUUUGGACCCAAGAAGUCUUUGUCGUGCUGCACAAGUGUCAUGGCACUGGAAAUUUGUAUGUGAACAAGAUGUCAUCUGGAUGCCAAAAUGUUUGCGGUAUGGUUGGUAUUUGCCUUACACACCAAGCAGUAGAGAAUUUGGAUGCUGGAAACACCAUUACAUCAUGUGCACUAGCUCCCUUGAUAUGGAAGCUCCAUCUAGGAUGGUAAGUUUUUUUCUUAUCUGAUAUGUUACAAAUAACUGAUAUGUGAGGCAAUGUGCAUGUAUAUACACUGUAGGCCACUGAAGGUGUGUUCAUUUCAUUUUCAUAGGCAGAGAAUUAUGGUCAAUUUGCUGACAACAGCCCUAGAGUUACUCAAGGAAAGAUCAAACAAAAAGCAAAUGAAAAGAGGAAGAUCAGAGAAGCAAAGUAUUACAGAGAAGGUAUAUAGGGACAUAAACUGUAAUCUGACCUUGUAAGCUAAAAUAACAAAUUUUAACAAAUAAGACAAGAACUCUCUCUGUCUCUCUAUAAGACUACAUUAGGUAUCUUUCUUUGCUUUAAAGAAGACUUUUUUUGUCCACAGUAGCUUGUUUUUCACCUUUUAUUAUUGCUGUCUCUAUUUUAUAGAAGUUGAUGAGCCAUUUUUACCUAAUCCUUAAAUUUACUUUUAUCACACAAAACCUCCUUCAUCGUAGUACAACUACUGUUAUUUACCUUUAAAUGAGCCAGAAAUGUUAAUUAACUAUGUUUUCGCCUAAAUUACAGAAAAGUAUAUUAUGUAAGAGCAGUGCAUUAUCUUAUAUGGACUUGAUUGAAACCAUGUUGCCAACUGAAAAAUAAGCUUUGUAAUAAAAUUCUGCCCCAGACUGCUGAUAAUCUACAUCUUUCUGUGUCCUCUCUUUUCUUUCAUUAGAGACUCGCCGUCCACCUUGGUUGGACACUGAUCCCCAACCCAGGGACUUGGAGAAUUCAAGGAAGGCUAUGCUUUAUGAGCAUAAUCCAAAUCAACCAUAUUCUCCCAACCAGCUGAGAACUGAGAGACUGGGACUGAGUACCAGACCUUUGCACAGGAGGUCAGCGACUGCUCCAGCACACAUGGCAAUAGAGAAGGUUAUGAAGGUAAUUACUUAGUGUUAAAUACUGUAAAAUGAGUGGGCACAUUAGUUAACCCUUUUACUCCCAUGAGUGACCAAGACAGAAUUUCUCCUUACAAUAUCAAUACAAUAUCAUUCAGACAAGCGAUGAGAAUAAAACAAAAUAUAAAUUAGGGGAUAAUAAGUUGAUCCAAUAUCAAAUUCUCCAAACGAACAUCACAAGAACUGUAUGGCAGACAGUAACAAGAAUUACUAAUGAGAUUUUGGGAUUUAAGGGGUUAAACCUCAUGCAAUCUUAAAAUAAGCAUCAAAUAAAAUUAGAUAUAAUUCAUUCACUCAAUGACAAUGGAAUGCAAUUUUGUCAUAAUGUUAUCAUUUUACCCCCAACCCAACCCAAGAUAACAGAAACCAGCACCCUAACUUUGUUUUUUGUCCACUUUAGUUUGCAUUGAAAUGGAAGAGUGCAAAAUUUUGUCGGCUUGUUUGGGAAAAUAUUCAGACAGAAUCUAUAACAAAGGUUGCUUUGUAUAGAAGGAAGACCCAGGGAAGGGGGUGGGGGGGGUAGUGGAAAUAAAAUGUAAAGGGUUAGACCUCGAUCCAGUCCGUACUAUCCACCUUACUGAAAUAGGAGUUACUUCAUCCCUUAAUUAGUAAUGUGUCACUUUUCUUUUAUUUGGGACUUAGUGGAGUUUUGCAAUUUUAUUUUUGUCUUAGAUCAGCGAAACUGUCGACGUCAACGGCAAUGUUAUUGAAGAAGGAAAAGAACCAGUUCCCUCUUCAAAGUUGACACUCACAGAAGCUCUUGCCGCUGAGUCUGGAGGUACACCUCACUUGUGCUAUCACUUUACUGAGCCAGUUUAUACACAUGUUAAUUAUUUUUGUCUCGACAUCAUCUCUCAGGGAUGGAACACCUGAGAGUGACUGGUUGAGUACGUUGUUUUAGAUUUUAGAUUCAAGCAUUAAUGCUUAUUGGUAUUAGUGCUCUAGACAAGAUUAACAACUCAGAAAUGCACCUCAACAUUCCAGCUACAAAAUCGUUAUUCGUGGUGUUUGUCAACUCACUCUUGCUUUUAAUGAAUCUGUAGUGGAUCAGACGUGGCCUCAACCAGUUCCUUCUUCACCAGUGCGACGGUAGGUUGUUAUGUCAUAAUAUUAAGUCCAUCUUAUUUCUGCCACUCUGUCUUUCAUAGAUCAAACCCAUCACUCACUUACCAACUCUCUCAUGCUUCUGGUUUAUCUUACGACGCAAUGUAAUUGGCCCAGAAAAAUCACCCCACUCUCUGAUCGCUUGCUUUUUCUCGCAUUUUUAAAGGCUGAUUACGCACGACAACUGUAAUUUACAGCAAUUUUGAAUUGAGUUUGGAAAGUAAUCUGGGAUUGCUUUGGUUAUACUUAACUCUGUGAUUGGAUACUUAGCUCUGUGGUUGGUCCAAAAAACUCGCGCCAUCCUCUUAACCAAUCAAAUGCAAAACUAUAAACAAUCGCGACUUGGUAAUUCGUUUUUUUUCCGCGCUUCCAGCAGUAAGUUUUCACUUUGAGUUCUCAUUGGCUAAUAUAAUGCUAACCUUUGUUCUGAUUGGUUGCUGGGAUUAAUUUGGUUUUGGUUUUUCGACGUUGACGGGUUGACGUUGUGACUUUAACCUAUGACAUUUGAAGAUUUCGUAUUCAGCAAGAACCUUGAACUUUAAUGUAAGUCAACGUACGUUUUUACUUCUCUUUGGAACAAGCAGUUUGUGCAUAAAUCCGACAGAAACUUGGACACAAUUUUUAUUUUCUUUAUUUUCGCAGACAAGAUCUUACGUGUGGAAUUCAUCCUAGUUUGCAUGACUCCAUGCUAAUAAAAAGAAGUUCUCAGGUAUCUGAUAUUUUUGUGUUCCGUGUGUUUUAUCCGCUAUGUUUUGCUGAACCUAACUAGCGUAGUUUUACAAUUUACUUUGAAACCUUUUAAAAUGUACGGACAUAUUCAGUCUAUGAAACAAUUAUGAUAACUUAAGGUGUCCUCGCACGUUUUCGUCCUUCCUUAGUAAUGUUUCUUUCUUUUUUUUCCAUGAGAAAUGCCACAAUGCUUACAGCCUUAUCUAAAAAAUGAUUUACAAUUCUAGGACCUUUCAAGCUCCGUUAAUCCUGCCGUUAUAUUUAUUUCAUCGGAAAUCCCAGCAUCUGAGGUAGGUUAACCUUCUCGUGAAGCCGCAAAAAAAGAUUGCAUUUCCCUCUUCCCGCUUAUCGUUAGAAUCCUUCAGUUACUUAUGGAGGUGAAAGCCUUUAAGGUUUAGAUACUCUUUGACAAGAAUAUGGAGGGCGGGAAAAGUUCAGUGAGUCACUGAUUAAUGUAGUAGUAUGUACGUUAGAGAGGUUUUGAUUGCUUUAAGGUUUGCAUCUGUUUGGUCGGGAGGCUUCAAGACCAAUCACUGUGCUUGUGUGCACUGAAGAAAAGAAAUGUGAUGCAAUCCUGGAUGCAACACUGUGAGUUCGGGAAAGCGCUUUUCACUUCAAUGUGGUCCCUUAAGGCAACUCUUGUUUCUUUUCUCUUAUACUUUCUUACUUGCGUUUAGCCUCGAUAUUGCAUUUUUUCGUGUAAUACCUCAUUGGGCUUUGGCUUUUCUCUCUUUUGGUUAGUUAUUGUUAGAAGCUGUUAAGUUUGGAGUCAUUGCAAUCCCGUACGAGUAUGAAGGCACAACCUUAGACGCCUUGAUGGAAAAGUUAAGGCUCGCUCUGCAGGGAAGACAAGCCAAGUGAGAAUUUUCUGAUGGUUGUUAUCUAUCAGCACAUGUUAAUCCAUCAAAUGUUUUUGCUGGAGCGUGAUUGGUCGUAUCUUGUGACGUUACUAAAUACGCUCCAGUUAAAACUUGGGAAUACCCAGUAUUAUUAAAUUUUCAACUUCGAAUAUUGCAUAUCUAUUGUUCCGAUUGGUUCACUCAACUUCGGUUAUUAGCACAUAUUCCGAGAUUUGUUAUGGUUAACGCGUCGCUACGUGACUUGUGGACUAUUUAUCAUCUCGUGUCCAGCUUUCGCUCGUUAAAAUGAUUGUUUAUCAUUCCCUUAUUUUCAAAUCUACCUCAGUUACCUUGAAAGCCUUCGCUUCAAACUUAAUUUAUGAUGGGAAGGUUCUCUACUGUUGUUACACAAGAAGAGAUGUUUAUGACGCGAAGCUGUUCGAGAGAAUUUUGUGCUGCGUACUACGUUUUCAAAGAAUAAAAAAGAACAUUCGCCUUUAUUUGGCGUGGCAUUUGUGAUUGUUUUUCGUCAGACGUCUAAGUUUAUGGUUUUAGUUUUCCUCGAAGCUCGAGGAAAGCCGUUCUCCUCUCGGAAGCUACUUGUGAAGUUCUAGAAGUAAGACAUUGUGACUGAGAUUGGUAUGUUUGAACGUCAACCAGGGAAACAGUCGGUUACAUGAGGCCGAAGCUUGCUUGAAAACUUGUUUUUAUGUUCUCGACUUCGUUACGAAGCAAGAACUUAGUCGAUAUCCAGUGUUCUUGACUUCUAGUUUAAUUUAACUCAACGGUCUGGUAUUUCUAAAGUUUUGCUCUCUUUGUAUCGUCUUUCACAGUUGCAUUGGUUUGUUUGCUUGGGGUGACUGUGGCACAAUACGUCUUGUGAAAGGUCAGUGACCAUGUCUAGCUAACUUAGAGUUUUCUUUUUCGUUCCUUUUUUUUAAGGAUCUGAAUCUAACUUUUCAAGUCAAGGAAUUUUCAAUUUUAACUUCUGCUUUCAUAUCUUUAUGAUUGCAUUUUUGAUUAAUCACAGAAAUCUUUCUGUGACUCGUUGCGAAUUCACAUUAAAAGCGGCUUUUGUGCUGAUGUUGGGCGGCGUGUGCUGUUGAAACUAAGACAGUGUUUUGUGCACAGGUAAGAUAUUAUCAGAAGAGACUGUAAAUGAACCAAACAUGCGACACUUCUGGGAAACAGUUACGACAAGUGUUAUGGCGCGAGAAUCUGGAGGUCACAUGGACAUAUUUAUACCGUUGGUUGAAACAGGUGAGGAGUCUCUUAUUUGUUCACAAAGAAAAAAAAGUUAUGGGUUAAUUCGUUAACUGGUUUACCAUCGUGCUUUACUGAGGCUGCAGAAAUCAUAGAAUCCUUUACACGCUGGCUAAAGUAGGCAUUUGAAACGUCGCUAGGGAGCACGCAAAUAAUUUACCUCGCACAUUGCACUUCCAGGAGUUCAAAAGAAGCUGGUGUCCAGUCUACCGCCGCCCAUAAGACCUCAGCUAAUACUGUCGUCCGUUGAUCCUGCCAGCAAGCUCUCUUUCAUGUUUGAGUUUCACCUUACAGCCCCUUUUUGGGUACAACUGCCCGUUACUCCAUCAGCAGUUGCUUAUGGAAAGAGUUAUUGAAACCCCCCUUUUCCAGACUAAGUACCAUGUACUAGUUUUUUUGACAGAAAUGUUUUUCAUCUCCAUUCAGAGAAAGGAAUGGACCUGUUGGUACAGUUGGGUCUCUUAACCGACAUGCAGUUUUCUUGUCCUACUGGAAUGACAGGAUCCUUUGCAAGAGGUGUGGUUGGUAACCAAAAACUUUACAUGUUUAUUUUUAUUGAAUAUCUUUCGAGUAUGAGCGCCUGUUUUGAGGGAGAUACUUAAGCUUAGUUAUAAUUGUGUUGAAGUUCUGAUUGAAUGGUCCUGAGCUUCAGUAAGGGCCAAGGAUGUGGUGUUCCUGCAGGGGCAAGACAAUUCCUCCAAAAUGCCUCUCUCGGUUCAAGGUUUAAACGGAACUUGUCAGGGAAACGUGACGAAAUUUUCAAAAGAAAACCUGGGAGGGACGAGUAUUCCACCCAGGGAUUGAGAGAGAAAUUAGAAAAGUCUUUACUUGAGCCACUUGGCGAAUCCAUCCCCCUUCUCCCCGUUGAAUGGGAUGCUACUCCAUCGCCACGUUUCAUCAGGCUCCUCGGACAAUUCACCAGUAUCUAUUUAUACUCCUGGUUGGAGAGAAGCGCUGUGAGAGUAAAACGUAUAGCCCCAAGAACACAAUUUAACCAUUAGGCCGCCAUGUCUCCAACGCUGUAAGAGAAGGGGGGAGGGAGAGGGAGGAGGUAGGCAGCAAUACUAGGGCCACAAUAAUCACGUGAGCCGUCAUUCUUAUUGAUCUCUUCUUGAGACUUUAUCUUUAACUCGUGGUAUAUUUUCUAUAUAUUUUCUAUGAUAUAAAAUCUUGUCUUAAACGAUUCCACAGUGGAAAGCGAAUGGCUGUUUGUCCCCAACUCUGGUUCUCCGCCAUCUUUGUAUUUUAAUGCGACAAAAUUUGGUUCUUGGUCAAACACGGUGGAUUACAUCGAGGUUUGUUAUUUUGACACUCAACAAUUUAUUUCAUGUUUCAGUUGAAAGAGAGGGAAUUUUUAUUAAGUUACGAUAUAAGCGUCUUUUUUUGUCUCAUAUGUAGGAAUGCGUUGAUGUUGUAAAGAAAAAUCUCGACUGUUUCUUUACUGAAGAACAGAGAGAUCUGGCUAAGCGUCUUGUUGGUAAGUUAACGCCAAAGAAUGCCUUGAGAAACUGAUUUAACGUGACAACGGGCAUCGAUUGGGAAUCAGCUGUACUUCCCAAAAACGUUGGAUGAAAAUAUAGAAUAAUAAAGAAGAGGAAAAUGACAUGGAAGGAUAACGUACCCUGAUGGAUGUGCAGUCGUAAGAUUUUAAAAAGUUGAACUUCAAAAUUAAAGUUGUAUUUGCAAAUGCUUUGCCAUUUCCCGGUCACUGAUUUGCCCUUAUUUUAGAGCUAAAAUUUAAGUUAGCGGACAAAACAACUGCUCGAGGAAAAACUUGGUGUUGUUAAUAUGUCUUUUCUAGAAGCUGAGUUGUGUGACGUUUUUGUUUCAGGACAAGUCACUUUCGAAGCCCUAGGGAUGUACGAGUUGCACAACGUUUCUGAGAUUGCGACUGUUCUUGUUGAUGCAGUCGCCUCUCUUGGAAGGAACAACGCAUCCAAGAAUUGGGUAUGCGUAGAAGAUUGUGUAGUUACCGCUUGUUGCGAUGAUUUCAAAAAACUCCCCUGAAAAUAGUUACUUACGCCCGUGCAUAACGCAUAAGUUAUCUCAUAACUCCUUGACCCCCUGAGAGUGACUAGUAUCUAAUUUCUCCUUACAACAUCACUCCCAAAUCAUGCAUUAAGGUCACGAGAAUAAAGGAAAUGAUCAACAUUGAACUGAAGAAGCUCUUGAUUAUUAAACAAAUUCUCCUUUUCAGCACCUUAGGAAAUGUACAGAGAACAGUAUGGAGAAGAUGCAUACUAAUUGUAAGGCUGUAAAGUGUUUGCAAACGUUUCGACUACCUAUAGAUGCGCAAAUAACUUAUUUUUCGACUCUUAAUUGCGUGAUACCGAAUGGUUAAACCUAUCUAUAACGCGCUCUUGUUAAAUAUUACAUCUAAAGUCACUUUUUUGUUUUUGCAACGUUUUUCGUUUCUUUUUACUUGUGUUUCAUUAGAGUGACCCAGUGCAGGGCCUCAUCGAUUAUCUACAGAAGCACGGACAUAAAGAUAAGAAAUUAAAAAAAGUUCGUAAAACAACGGUAAGUCAACCAUUUAUCCCCCGCAUUACUUUGGGAAGGGUGUGGAUUUUGCUCACCGUAAUUACUCGAUUGAAUACCGCCCUCGAUUAAACGCUGAAGAUGGAAGUAAGAUUGCCAUUUAACACCACCCUCUAAUAAAGGAAGGAAACUUAAUCAGGAGAAAGCAGCGCGCAUUUGAGGAUAUAGAAUAUCACGAUUAUUCACAUCUGCAAUAUUUACAAUAUACCAAACUCAGCAUAAUUGUCUUGAACUCCUUCCUAAAAGAUCUGUUCAUGAUCGUGUACAACACAGGGUUGAUUAAACUACUAAUGUUGCAGGCGUAUGGUACUAGCAAUGAGAUAUCCCGCGGUAUUCUUCCCAGACUGGCGCGGGUCGUAAUGAUUAGUACAAGUACUGGAAUCCAUAGCAUUACGAAGGCCAGCACUAUGGCGUACAUAAUUUUCGUGAUGUUCACUUCUCUCAUUCGCAUCACCAUUAUUGUCUCUCCAUUUUGUAAACCUUGUCCGACCUGUGUGCCAUCACCAUCUUCAUUUUUCGGCGCCUGCCGUGGUUGAAUGCGUUUUAUCGUUCGAGAAACUCUGCAGUAGCUGAAAAAAACUGUUAGGAGGGAGAGUGUGAUGAAGACGCCAAGGGAUGCCAUAGUGUAGACCUUGUGUUUGGACGAAGGAACACACACAGCGUAAUUAGCAUUAAAGGCGAACCCAUCCUCGAAUGCAAUUGGUAGCGGCGUCAAUGCAAAGAAGACCCAGACGAUGAUCAUUGCCAUAAGGGACUUUCUUGGGGUGAAGAUUUUUUUGAACAGCUCGAGCCUUGUGACCCGAACAUAUCUGUUGAUGGCCGUGAAAGACAUGGUGCCGACAGUGACGUGUGUCAUGAAAAGAACAGAAAAGCCGCAAACGGAGCAGCCCACCCGCCCAAACUGCCAAUGACCACUGACCAGAGUCACUCCCACAAACACACCGUUGGUAAGGAAGUUGAGAAUGUCGCUGAUCGCUAAGGCGUUGACAUAUAUGGGCGUAUACCUCCGUAAGAUCGGAUUUCGUACCAAGGCAGCGAACACCAGAAUGUUUCCCAAGAAACCAGCCAGAGCCAAAAUUGUCCAAGAAAUAGACUCCAGAUAAACUCUAAGGAAGCUGCGCGCAGAAAGCUCAACUGAUGACAUUGUUUACUUUUCUGUUCUCUUCUUUAUUCCUGAAUCUGCAAAUGAAAUUGUAAUGUAUUAGUUAGUUGCUGAUUUGAGCAGUUUUGUCAACUGAAAAAAAAAAUUACCUUGUCAAUUUUCUUUAGAUUUUUAGCCUUGAUUUAUGACUCUCGAUUUCUUAAUGGUUUUUUUUCCUCGCGGCGUUUUUGGCGAAAUCGGUCGGUUUCAUGACUUCGUCUCACACAUCUCCGGUGAAAAAAGGGCAACCGGAAAAUAAUUCCACUUGAAGGCAAUGUCAGGGUCUUUUCUGAGCACUAAAAGAAGCGAUAUUAGCGAGUUUGAAACGCAGAAUUAUCAGCGUAAAUGAAUCUCCAGUUCAUCUGUUUUAGGGAAAGAAGAAACAAAUUUGUGCCGCAGAAUAACUUGUUUAAAGCUGUUUCAAUAUAGAGGACACAAAAGGUGUUAUUUUUUUAGACUUAGUACAGUUUUGGUUUAUGGUAAUUUGUGAUGCAAAACCAUUUGUAAUUAAAAUAGAAUGGAACCUUUUGUUAAAAAAAUAUUACAUAACAAAUUCGCUUGUUGUUUGGUCAUGGAAGCGUUUAAAAACAUUUUCGAUAAAUAGUUUUGCGGGAACCUAUUUUCGGUGAAGAUCAGACGUUAAUUGUGGUAAAUGGACACUUAAUGUUUCUCUAUUUGUUAUGUAAAAACGUUCGGGGGUGUUCCUAAAGAAGUGAAUCGCAACGAGCCACUCUAUAGUACGCAUGCAAUUUGCAGUUCCUCGGUCCCUUCACGAUAUUGUGAAAGCUAAGCUGAUAUUUUUUAACUGAAUUGAGUAAUAAAAAGUGGAGUCCAAUAUUAAGGCGCUUAAAUUGUUAAUGAAAUGAUAUUUCCCUCCAGCAAUAAAAGGAGGUCGAAUUGGUGAGGAUUAUGAUAGAAGUUUGAGCUUAAUGACAGGUCUGUGAUGAGGUUUCACCUGCUAGAAAAUUUAACUUACUUUUGUUUGUUUAGGUGCAACAAGAUGAUUUUGCUUCAGUAGUGGAAACUGUUGAUGCUGAUUCCGAGGACGAAUUAAAUACAAGCCAUUUGGUAGGUUAUGAAAGCAGUAUCAUGAUUAUGAUCAUGUAAAAUCGUAGACGGGUGUUUGAAAGUGAUGGCGGAGAAACUCACUGGAGUUUCACCUCACUCAAAUCUGCCAUCAAAAAUUCCAUAGCUUCGUCUUCUGGCUGUGAUUCGUUUUUAGAAACUUCACGUUCGGUUUUAGUGAGUUUCACUUUUACAGCUUGCCUGAAGCGUGGAAGGGCUUCCGUUGAGGAGGAAAUUAAUCUACAGAAUAUGCAAGGCGGAAUUUUAACAAAAGAAAAAUUAAUCCCACCCAGAUUUCCAUGUGAUGUGUGAUAAACAUUUUCUUCUCAUCAUUGAGCUGCACUCAAUUUGGGUCCGUCAAAAUAUAUUCUUCCGAUUACACGCAGUGUUUUAUUUCCCCUUGCUUUCAAAGUGCAUAACGCCUUCAAGUUCAUCUCAUAUUUUCGAGAAUCUCUUGUGUUAGUUUAUUCAGUUCUGAAUGUCUCAACAGGCAACAACUCUAAUCGGUGCUCAUAUCGGGGAAUGACUGGUCAUUGGGAUUUAAAUCCCCUAUAAAAUGGCGCUUGUGAUAGAAGCUCAAACUUCUGUCAUAAUCCUAACAAAUUCGACUUCCUUCACGGAUUUUACUGCUGGGUGAAAGAAUCAUUUUCACUAACGAUUUAAGCGCCCUAAUAUUGGACUCCACUUUUUCUCAAUUCAAAAAAAUCUAAUUUAAAGUUCCCUUUCCGAAGGCACUCCAAUCUGAGGCCAGGACCGGCACGUCGGUUGGUGAAAAGAGGGCACAAGUAGCUCAUGAAAUACUCUCAACAGAGGUGGAAUACAUGAGAUGUCUGUCUAUUAUUCAAGAUGUUUUUAGGAAGCCUUUGCAAGCAUCCCUUGCCUCAAACAGGUUUGUAUUAUGGAAGAUAUCACAUUGACUGACUCACUCUAGCGAUAACGAAGCUUUAUAAAGUGAACCCUUUUUUCUCGUGGAGCUAACGUUUAAGAUGUUAGUUGUGAUUAGAAUUAGGACGAGUAAAGUGUUGAAGAGACAGCAGAAAUUUCAGUUUGACUGCACUUUAGCCGAUUUAACUAAAGAAAAAAGAAAGAUAAAGCAUUAAUUGCAAAAAGAAAACAGUUAAAAGGGGCAUUUUUAUCCUAAAUAAUGUCUCUUUCGGGUUAUGCAUGGUAAUUUGUUACCCAACGCGAAACUGAUGUAUGAAAGGAAGGAAACUUUCCGCCUCUCUGCAUCGCUCUCUUUCUCUUUCUGUUUUGUUUAGCUUUCCUUUGUGUUUUUGUUUCGCUUUCUGCAUUAAUAGCAGGCUCCAAUUCCGUGGAACGAAGUUCUGAUAAGAGAGGCUCACCGUAUUUCAACGUAGAAAUUCACAACAGCUGGGGUGAAUUAAACUGUUCUUGCUUUUUUCGCGGCGCAUCCAAAUAGAGAAUUUAUUGGUUUGGAACGAGAAAGGGAAAACAAAACAGAAAAAGUAAGAGCUAUCGGGGCAAGAACAAAAACUUCAACCUACUGUGUCAGUUGUAUAGGUUUUGAAAAAUUAUCUCCGUGUUGGAUAGUUGUUGUCUUUUUCCACGUAACAAGUUUUUUAAUUUUUAGGGCCAUAAUCAGCUCCGCGAAUAUUCAGAGUUUGUUUGCUGACAGUGAGACGCUACUGGCCCUUAGCAGGUAUAAAAGAUAAGAAGGGAUACAGAUGGAUAAAGAUCGAGGAGAUCGACUAAUUGCAAAUAACGAAUGCGAGAAGCACACUUUGACUUGCUUGAUUGAUGUUCUGCAUACUAAUUUCCAGGAGUAACACAACACUGUGGAUUUUUCUUAUAUUAGCUAUCUCAAAAAAAAAAACACACUGUUGGACCUUAUCCCUUGUUUAACAACCUAAAUCGACAAGAAGAAUUAGCUACCCUGGCAUUUUACUAGAUAUUCCUGACAGUUCGCGGGUGCCUCUCCUUACAUUUAGCCGCGCGAGGAGAAGCUCUGUAAGAGUUAAGUGUCUUUAGGAAACAAUACAAUGUCCCAAUCAGAGCUCGUACCCAGAUCUUAGACAUCUGGUAUUUUGCGUGCAAACAAUUGAUCCCAGAUAAUAACAGUUUUUCGUUUGAAUCUGUUUCAGUCUUCUGGUAAAUGACUUGUCAAGCCGAUUAGACGAAUGGAAUUCGCAUCAAGUAAGUUCACGGGGACCAAGCAUGUCUCCCGUCUCUGAAACAAAUUACACUUGCGAUAUUUCUCGCUCAAAAGUAACUGAAUCUAGUUCAAACAAAGUAAUCAAAUAAUGUAUUUGCACUCAAGAGCUACAGCUUUCAACUUCAGUUACGCUUUGCUCAGAUAAUAGGAGAUUCUUGAAUUGAUUUUGUUAGAAACAAGAGGGAUAUCCCUUCAACUUCUCUUCGCAGAUAAGAAUCUUAGGACCAGUUCCUUGUUGAUAUUAAAAAGAGCUAUUUUCGAUCAACGUUACAUUGCAGCCAUCUCAUCCCCCAAUAAAGAGUAACAUGAGAGUAACAAAACUUGUCAGCCAAAGGGUUUCAUUGUAAUAUAACAUGAGAUUCUCUCAACUGCUCAACAAGCAAACGUUUAGCUGCUAAAAAGGAGAAUUACAGAUCGGAUUUUUGAGUUAAGGGGUCAAAGAAGUCAGCAUAAGUUAAUAUAACAUAAAAGUAUUGAGUAAGCUGCCAUUUAUUACUACUGAAAUGUUACUAUGCUUAAUAUUUUUCAGAUUCUGGGAGACAUUUUCCUCAAGUUCAUAAAUCAGCUGCGGGCCUACACGAACUUCCUGAACAAUUAUCCUGUCACUCUACAAACACUUGAGAGGGUAAGAAACCGCAAGUGACCUUAAACUUUUUGCGGUCUUUGUCCUCCUUGAGGAAAAGAUAUUAACCUGUUUCUCGCACAAAACUUAUUUCAAGAAAUGGAGCUAGUUCAGGAUAAGUUUUCAGGAUCAAAAGAAAGUACCUCAAGAUCGCUUUGGUCGUGCUUUACUCUGUGAUUAGUCUAUAAAAACAAUACUAAAUUACCGUGUUUCUAAACUAAUGGGACGACUUGGACACAACCAAGUUUUGGCCACCGUAAAUAAUUUUGAAGUUUCGAGCGUUAGCCCCUCUUCAUGGCUGGUUUUUACUUUGAGUUUUCCCGCGCUUUAGGCAGUAUGGCUGGUUUUACUUUGAGUUCCCUUUGGCUCUUAAAAGUACCUUCAUUCUUCUGAUUGGCUCUUGUGAUUACUCUGGUUUUGAAAAUACGAUACUCAAUCGACAAGUGCUAUAAUAUUGCAUUUUAAACCGUCCGAUUACAUCCAUCCAUUAGUAUGCAAGGGAUCAUUGGUUCGCACAAAAUCUCAUAUUUUCUUUCGGUGUUGAAGGUGGAAAAGCGAAAGGUUUCCUGAUUGAGUUAUGACUGCAUCGUCUGUUUCGUUUAUUUGUAACAGUGUAGAGAACAGAAUCCUCAGUUUCGUUCAUUUCUCGGCCGUCAUGAAAAGCAGCCAAGCACAAAAAUGAUGAGGUAGGUUGUAGAAACAAACUGAUCAACGGACAGACGAACAGAGUGAACCUUUGAGACUUUGAUAGAUUGCUCAUGUUUGCUGAAAGGUCCACACGUUAAAUCUUUCACCCCCAGUUCCAUCAUAGUUCGCAUUUAUUGAAGAGUGAACUAACUCUUAUUGUCACAUUUCAUUUUCAGUUUACCAGAAUUCCUUUUUCUUCCGGGAAGAAGAGUGAAAAGGUUGGUAAACUGAAGAGUUGCCAAACUUUUUUUCCUUUUGAAAAGUAACCUUCUAGCCCAGAAAUAGGAAAAAAAUUGAAACAUGCUUUUAAGGCCAAACAUUACCAAAUUUUUAAAGUUGUCAUCGAUUUCGAAACGUGAACAGAGCUUAUUUCUUUUUCUUUGUCUUUAGUUACGUAGAACUGUUGGAGGCUUUCUUGAAGUACACGCCCCCAGAUCACGUGGAUAGGAAAACCCUCCCUCAGGCCAUCGAGAAGUUCAAAGAUCUCGACUGUUUAUUCAGAGAGGUGAAUGCAGCAGAGGAGAGCUUUGUUUAGUUUAGGCAAACUGUUACUUUAGUCUCUCGUCAAAACGAACCCUAUCGCGACCGUCAUUUGGUGUAUGAAAUGACCAAAGCGUAUGCUGAAAUCUCGAAGCGAUGAAAAUGUAACUAAUUGAUGUAGUAAACAUUGAACACGAUCGUGGGUUAUAGAUAGAGCGCAUUUAGGAAGAGGUUCGUAAAACAAGACCAAAGUGGAAUGUUAAGUUUCAGUCUUUUUGUCCAGUUGGCGUAUACUUAAUGAAAUGCUCUUCUUAACAGUACAAGAACCGUCUAGAAAGAGAGAAAUUUCUCCAAGAAUUACAGAAGAGAAUAGUUAACUGUCCGGUGAGUCGUUUGUUUUCGUCUAAACAUUUGGAUUCUAAAACCUUAAAAGCGUGCACCUUAGAAAAUUCUAGAAGGGUUCGUACAGGCAAUACGGGGACAUAGAGGCCCAUGGUUAUUGCGCUGGUCUCCGGGUCUAGAGGUCUGGGUUCGAAACUGACUGAGUCAAUGUGUUGUGUUCUUGGGCGAAAUAAUUUAUUCUCACAAUGCGUUGCUCACCCACUAAAUGGGUACCGGCGAAUUAUCAGGAAGCCUGAUGAAAUGCUGGGGCGUAAUCUUGCGAUCGACUAACAUCCCUUCCAGGAAGGACUAAUAAUACUCCUAGUCGCUUCAUGCCAAGGUAACUGGGAUAAGGUCCGGCUUGGAGGGCCACUGGGCUCGAGUACAGACUUAACUUUCCUCCAUAUAUCUAAUAAUUACUUUCUUAUACAGGUGCUCGCUGAGAAGGGUCGCCAUUUCGUUCGUGAAGAGAAUGUUAUUCUGCUCUCCACUCCAAGCACUGGAAAAGAAGUAAAACCAGAAUUUAGGUAAACAGAAUUAAACCAAAUGUGAUUAGAAAAUAAAUAGUUCGUAGUCAUGCGUGCUUAUAUAAAAUUACGAAAUACCUCCUUUAUUCCAUUUCUUCCAUAUUUAAUAGCUGGCGAAUACCUAAGAACACAAUUGGAAAAUAAAUCAAUCAGUUAAGAGAUAAAUGAGAAGAGACUGGACCUCGAAUACAGAAUCAAAAUGUGGGAAUACAAAAAGAAUACAAAGGGGGGAGAGGAAGAGAAAAAUUGUUUCUUGAAAUUUGAAAACGAAAGAGAUUUUCUACACCUUAGACCAAUACGGUCACUUCAGAACAUGAUUGUAUCCGAUAAAUCAUUCUGUUAAUUUUUUUGUUGCCUUAAUUUAUGCCAGGAUUUACCAACAAGUUGGAGACCUUGGUUUCUUCUUGUUUAAUGAUGCUCUGGUGAUCACGACCCUAACCUACAAGUUUGUACCUUUCCAAAGAUUAGUUCAACGAAACUAUAAGUAAGCGAAAGCAAUAUAAUUACAAAUUUCUAUUCUUAAGUGAUUAGAGGUCGUUUUCGUAUCUAAUUUUGCUAUUUUAAGCUAUGUCACGCCACUCUUGCUCCAGUUGUUGCGUUUCCAGUUGAAUAGAACUGUCCCUUAAGUGUAUUUGUGUAUUUGUGUAUUUCAAUCACUUCUUGCUUCUCAAGGUUCCAAGCAUGCCUCACCUUGAAGAAACUGAAAGUGGAAAAUCUAGCUGAUUCAAAAUGUAAGUUUGUUAAUUGUUAGUCAAUAUAUCCCGCAAAAAAUUUAUAAAUCUGUUAAAAAUUCAAAUUCAAAUUUAUGUCGAGCCACCUGAUCAUUAAUCAGCCACUACCAGUCGUAUUGAGGGCAACGAAAGUGAAGGGUAUGUAAAAAAUAAGUGUCUGUGAAGCAGGAAAUGGAGUAUGACCUCAGCGAAUAAAAAACAGUUUUGAAUGUCUCCAAAUCCUCGGAAGGUGCUAAUGCGAACUCCCUGCCACUUCCUCUUUACUGGAAAAUCCUCCCAUAACAACGUUUUCAUUUUCAUUUUAGAUAUAAAAAAUGCAUUUACCAUUGUGUCACCAAAGAGAUUAUGGUUCUGCCAGUCACACUCAUGGGAUCAGAAAUUUCAGUGGAUUUCCGUUCUAGAGAGUGCCAUUACCUCAGCAUUAGAGAAAUGCUAACGCUCCAGCGCCGAAAAAAUCUCCUUUCCAGCCGUUGUUUGGUAUUGUCACGAUGUAAAAUUCAGUUUCUCCGUCGAAGAGCACGUCGUGUUACAGAACUAAACAAGGGCUGCUAAGAAAACAAUAACCCCAUUAUACCAAAUACCGUAUUCUUGCCAUAACCUUUUGGUGAGAGUUUAACGGAUUAUUCCACUAGCUAAGGAAAUUCUUCACAACGGUUUAAAGUGUGAUGUUCGUUCGCCCCUUGACACGAAUUUGUUUUGUUUUAUUUUAAUUUUGUUCUGAAUGCAAAUUAAGCAAAUACUCUUGUAAAUAAGUCAAUUUGAAUUUCACCUUUGUAAAUAGAGUAAAAUUGUUAUAUGAAUAACCAGAGCUAUUUUGAGGAAUUUAGAUAUAUGACCUGCGUGGAUUUUUUCAAUAAAAAAGGAGAG